UUUAAGAAAUAAACUUGUUGCGACUUGACUUUUACUACUGUUUUAUAUGUAAAAAACUUAUUUUUGUAACUAUUACAUAUUUUUAUGCACAUCCAACAUAUAAAAAUACAUAAAUCAAGACAUUUUAUAUGUGACAACAAUUGAUUUUUCUUCAAUUCAGCUAUGAAAAGUGUUUAUUGACUGUUUGUUUAUUUUCGCGUUUAUUAUUAUUUGAUAUAUGUUUGAUAUUUAUCAAAAGAAUUGAGAAAUGAACAAAGAAAAUAAUAGGACUGCAGCUGGCCUGCGUCGCUCGGCAGUGGCCGAAAGGAUCAGGCUCAGAGAAGAAUGGUCUGCAUUAAAAGAAGUAGACACUGCUACCACAUCAAGACAGACUGAUGUUUUACAGAAGAAACCAAGUAAUACUCGUCACACACCUAGUGUUUCAACCAGGAAGAAACAACCUAUUAAAUCUAGUCAGAAAAAGGACAAUCAAAAAGCAACACAAGCAUCAUGUGAUGCUCUAAAAGGUGUGGUGGCUAUGGUGGAUGUAGGGGCUGAGAACAAAGCCCUACCGCUGCGGUGUGCACUCGCAGCCCUGGGUGCUACCGUUGUGGUGGAAUGGAGCCCUCUUGUUACACAUCUAGUGUGGACUGACAGUGGUUGUCGCGCCACCCGCGCUAAAGCUCGCGCCCUAGCCUGCAAGCUGGUCUCUCCGCUGUGGGUGGAAGCCUGCGCUGCCUCCAACAAGAAGCUCAAUGAGCGAACAUUCCCUGCUGCAUCAAGGCAGUCUGAUCUGCCGUCGCCGAGGACUUUAAGACAACUACUGAAAAAAGCGGAGAUGGAGAAUGUGACGCUGGCUGCGUUACUGAACGACAGUAAAGAGGAAGAUAAAGAUGGCCGCCCGCGUCUCAGGAUAUCGUCCGGCACUGACACCACCAUGGACAGCUCCAGGGAAACUAUUGACAUAGAAUCCCGUGUAAACACGGCCCCCCGUCGUGCUGCAGUGUCGCCCCCUACCCGCGACCCCCCCAAGUCCAGACGGAAGCUGUUCACGCAUAAAGAAGCUGAGGAAAUUGGGAGUACUGAUGAUGAAUCAGAAGCAGCAACAAAAACAAAAUUAAACCAAAGCAAGCUAACGCAACGAGAACGCCGCGACCUCGCGAGAGCCGAGCGCAUGGCGAAGAAACUACUCGCAGCAUGCAACACGCAACAUAACCGAGCUGUUACUGCAACACAGAACCAUUUGCAACCUAAAAUUGUACUAACAGGCAUGACACGGCCUGAACGUCACGCUGUAACGAAAGCGAUACAACAUCUAAACGGCAUCAUACAGAGCCACGUCAACAAGCGAACGAGCCACGUGUUGCUCGGGUCGUGCGGCGUGGCGCGUUGCAGCAACCAUCCUGCGAACAUAACUGGUGUUACAGAGCUCUGUGACCUAAGCAAGACGAGUUGUUGGACGGAUGUAACGGACAAGCGAGCGCGAACAUGCAACGCGUUGCAGGGCGCGGCGCGCGGCUGCAGAGUCCUGCACGCGCGCUGGGCUGUCGACUCCGCCGCCGCGGGGACCUGGCUGCAUCAUAACGAUUAUGAAGUACUGCAUUUGAAGAAGAUUAGUCAAAAAGCUCGAGUAGAACGCACAGCGCUCGGCAAACUACGCUCAGAAUACGCAUACGACAUAUUCUACGGGAUGAAAGUACAUCUCAGACCAGAUGCUGAACAAAGGGAAGCUGCUUUAAAACUUCUCACGCUGUGUGGCGCUGCAGUCGAUAAUAGUCCUACAGAAAAUAACUGUGAUAUUCAAAGAAAAGAGUCUGCACUUAAUUUGCCUACACAAGGUAGUGUUUUCAAUUUACAGUCUCAAAAUCCCAUUACUCGGUCUCAUAAUGCCAAUAUCGAGUCUCAGAAUGCCAAUACGCGGUCUCAAAGUGCCAAUAUACGUGAUAGAGUAGUUAAUAGUAAAUAUGAUGUGGUUAUUGGCUGUGGUGUUGGUGAAGUCAAUUCAAAAUGGGUGUUUGAUAGCGUGGCGGCCGCUCGAAUGAGAACGACAAGACGGUAUAUUAAUAUGAAUAGCUUUACUCAGUGUGAUGACGACAGGUAAUUUAAGUUAAAGUAGCUCUUUUUUAU